GGCUGAGGAACAGGUGCGUGAGGAGUCACCGAGGGAAAUUUAUAAAUCGAAACAGCACAGUUGUCUGCUAACUUGUUUUCAGAUAGCUAAGGAAUAAAAAAUACGAAAUAACUGAAGAAGUUACUUUGUCAGCAGCAAAGCGGAUUUAGUUAAAAAACGGUCAGUUUGUGAGGGGUGGGGGAUUUACCUUCAGAGCAGGUGGACGUCGUUUUUUGUUCGAAGAAGAAGAAGAAGUAGAAAUGGCUAACUCCGGUCUGCAGAUUUUGGGCUUCGCCUUGGCUCUCCUGGGCAUAAUUGGAUUGAUAAUUGGCACCAUUUUGCCUCAGUGGAAGAUGUCUGCUUAUGUCGGGGACAACAUCAUCACAGCGGUGGCCAUGUACGAAGGACUGUGGAUGUCCUGUGCGUUCCAAAGCACAGGCCAAAUCCAGUGCAAAGUCUACGACUCAAUCCUGCAGCUCAACAGUGCCCUCCAGGCAACCCGCGCCCUCAUGAUUGUGAGCAUUAUUGUAUCAGUGGCUGGUCUGGGUGUAGCCUGCAUGGGAAUGAAGUGCACAAACUGUGGAGGAGAUGACAAAGCGCGCAAGUCCCGCAUUGCCAUGACCGGUGGAAUUAUCAUCCUGAUUGGAGCCUUGUGUGCCAUUGUUGCCUGUUCUUGGUACGCUCAUGACAUCAUCCAGGCCUUCUACAACCCUUUCACCCCUGUCAAUACCAAGUAUGAGUUUGGGGCUGCCAUCUUCAUUGCCUGGGCUGGAGCAUUUCUGACUGUAGUGGGAGGUUCCAUGCUGGCAGCAUCCUGCCCAAGAAACAAAUCUACACCGAAGUACCCCAUCUCCAGACCCCCCAGCAGCAAGGAGUACGUUUGAACAGGAUAGGACUCAGUGUUAGAGGCUGCAAGGACACUUUGACAUUCAUGCUAGUCGACCUUGGAGAUUGAAACGUUGAAAAGAUGUAUCGCAGGAGGAGAUCAGUACCUGUUUGUUUUUAUUUUGUAUUUUAGUCUCUUCAGGGGCUACCCUGUGAUGUUACUGUUAUAUUAUUUUAACAAAGACAUUAAAGUUUUAAUUGAUAUCUGUUUACUUAUAAAAGAGCGCUCGUUGGCCUUGCCCCUUCUGGAACUGCAGUCCAUACUUACUGAUUUUUAUACUAUGUAAUAUACUGUCUGCUUAGUUGACACCUGUAAAGCACUAAGUUAAAGUGGAACACCCAUAAUAUUAUGUUGGCAUGUAGUAUAUGUCUUUUACAUGCUGCAAAAUACAGUGUAUACUGCAUUAGAAUAUACAGUGUGUUUGGAAAAUAACUUGAAUGCACUGAAUAGAAAUCAGAUAUGCAAUGGACAACUCUUGAGCCAUUUAUUAGUGUGUAGGCGGAAUGCAUAAUAGUUUAUCUGGCACCUGAUAGACUAAAAUUUGCUAUCAAUAUUUACAUGUAUUUGUGCCUUAUUUAUAUGGACAAGACCUAUCGUUCAGCACCAGUUUGGUUUAGACACACUCAUUCCUUUAUUAACUCAGAUUGCCAAUGUUUUUGCCGACAAACAUACAGCAGGAGAGAUGUGACCUAUUUGUUGACUUGUUCUGUAAUAAUUAAUGUUUGUGUGAAUGGGCUUGGCUUAUGAUUAUGUUUUUAGUUAUAGUAGCUGUUGCUGCACUCAUCACAUUUUCACUUUUAAAAACCUUUAAAAUUGUUUGUGCUUGUAUAUAAAAUAAAAGUGAAAAACUAA